AGAUAAAAGAACAGAAUGGAAAGGGAGAAUAAGACAAGUAUCUCUGAAUUCCUCCUCCUGGGACUUCCUAUCAGACCACAGCAUCAUAUUCUGUUCUACAUUCUUUUCCUGAGCAUGUAUCUCACCACAGUCCUGGGGAACUUGCUUAUCAUCUUUUUGAUCAGACUGGACUCUCACCUUCAUACCCCUAUGUAUUUCUUCCUCAGUCACUUGGCCUUCACUGAUGUCUGUUUCUCAACAGUCACCACCCCAAAGAUGUUGGUGAACAUGCAAACAGGGAGCCAGUCCAUUCCCUACAAUGGCUGCAUCUCACAGACGUAUUUCUUCAUAUUCUUUACUGAUUUGGACAGCUUCCUGCUCACUGCAAUGGCUUAUGAUCGCUAUGUUGCCAUCUGCCACCCUCUCCACUAUACCACGGUCAUGAGCCAGAGUCUCUGCUGCCUGCUGGUGGUUGGGUCUUGGAUCCUCUCCUGUGCCAGCUCUUUUUCCCACACCCUUCUCCUGGCCCGACUGUCCUUCUGUGCAGAAAAUGCUGUCUCCCAUUUCUUCUGUGACCUAGCUACCUUGCUCAAGCUGUCCUGCUCAGACACUUCCCUCAAUGAACUGGUCAUGUUUACUGUGGGAACAAUAGUCAUUAUGCUUCCAUUAAUAUGUGUCCUUGUUUCUUACAUACACAUUGUUGCCACCAUCCUGAAGAUCCCUUCUACCAAUGGGACUUGCAAAGCAUUGUCUACCUGUGGCUCACACCUGUCUGUAGUGUCUUUAUAUUAUGGGACAAUCAUUGGCCAGUACCUUUUCCCCUCCUCCAGGAAUUCAAAUAUCAAAGACAUCAUCUCUGCCAUGAUGUAUACAGUGGUGACUCCCAUGUUGAAUCCCUUCAUUUACAGUCUGAGGAAUAGGGACAUGAAGGGUGCUUUGAGAAGGAUCCUUAACAGAACAAUAUUCUCCUCUCAGUGA